AUGGAGGACUCCGCGGAGAAGCUCUUCGACAUGAACCAGGAACAUCUCUCAAAAAGUCCUCGAGGGAAAGCAUCGACCAGGACGCAAACAAUGAAUGCUGACCCCGGUCCCACAUCUAAAAGACGCUGUUGUGACGGGAAUCUACCAAGUUGCGCUGCCUGUUCUUCGGUCUACCACACAACCUGCGUCUAUGACCCGAACUCAGACCACCGCCGGAAAGGAGUAUAUAAGAAGGAUACAGACACCUUACGAACUAAGAACACAACCUUGUUGACUUUAAUACAAGCGCUUCUCAACUAUGAAGAAGACGACGCUUUCGAGUUGGUCCGGCAGAUCCGAUCCUGCGAUAGUCUGGAGGAGGUCGCCCAGUCGAUCAUGGGAGAAGGGAAAGGUUCUACCAACUCGACCGCGGAUAUCAUGUCUAGCACCGAAGGUGGUGCCGAGACAGACCAAUUUGAAUCUGAGCUCGCCGGGAAAAUGGGCGAGCUAAUGCUCGAUGGCUCCCGCAAAUUCAUUGGUGGCACCUCCAACCUCAUCUUUCUGCCACCGGGAUCGGAGUUGAAUGAAUUCAACCCAGCAGAAAGCAACCAUAAUAUGGACGAGGCCAGUGACCGUUCCAUCACACGAUGGACACGAGUAACAGAUGACGAUCAACUGAUAAGCCACCUCAUGACCAUGUACUUCACCUGGCAUUAUCCCUUCUUUACCACCCUGUCCAAGGAUCUCUUUUACCGUGACUACGUCCGAGGCGUGCCCACUCAAUACUGCUCAUCAUUGCUGGUCAACGCCAUGCUAGCCUUAGGAUGUCAUUUCAGUUCAUGGGAUGGGGCCAGAGAAGACCCCAGUAACUCCGCCACCGCUGGCAACCAUUUCUUCAAGGAGGCGAGAAGGCUCGUUCUUGAGAACGAUGAGCACUUGAACGCUAAACUCUGCACCGUCCAAGCCCUCGCCCUGAUGUCCGUCAGGGAAGCCGGAUGCGGUCGCGAAGGCAAGGGCUGGGUGUACAGUGGCAUGAGCUUCCGCAUGGCCUUGGACCUGGGGCUCAACGUGGACUCCACCACUCUCGGAACACGCAAUCUAGAGGAAGAGGAGGUCGACGCCCGGCGAGUUACCUUCUGGGGGUGUUUCCUGUUUGACAACGUGCCAAAGAUCGAUGUGUUGCCUAAUGAAGAGGCUGAACUGUGGUCCCCUUACACAGAUACUGGGGUAACCCGGGAGAACACACAAGCAUCACGAACUCGAACGGUUGCUCUACAGCUCUCCAAGUUGUGUGAAAUCAGUGGCGAUCUGAUCAUGUAUUUCUAUGAUCCGACGCCCAAAGAGAAGCCUGUUUCGAAACAAGCGGAAUUAAAGCGACUGAGUGAGAUACAUACGAGACUGGAAGCUUGGAAGCGAGAUCUGCCCAAGGAACUAGAACCAAAGGAAGGUCAACUUCCUCCCGCCCUUCUCAUGCACAUGUUCUACCAGCUCCUAUUCAUUCACUUGUACCGACCUUUCCUGAAAUACACCAAAACGAACACGCCUCUCCCGCACCAUGUUUCGCCCCGUAAGUUGUGUACGCAAGCCGCUUCCAGUAUCUCGAAAUACCUCCGCGUGUAUAAACGCACGUAUGGUUUCAAACAGAUCUGCAAUGUUGUGGUUUAUAUGGCGCACACUGCCUGCACCAUCCAUCUUCUCAACCUGCCAGAAAAGAACGCCCAGAGGGACGUGGUUCAUUGCCUGCGACACUUGGAUGAAAUGGGCGAAAGCUGGCUUUGCGCCCGCCGAACGCUCCGUAUUCUGGACAUAUCUGCAACCAAAUGGCAGGUUGAUCUGCCCAGCGAAGCUGUCGCCAUUUUCGAGCAGACCCACACGAAAUGGGGCUCUUGGGGAUCGUGGGAUCUGUCAGCAUCCCCAGCCUCGACCGAGUCCUCCCCACCGGGAGUGAUUCAACAUUCGGCCCCGAUGCCGAGCACCCUUUCCUCCCCUGCGAGAGUCCUGCCGCCGGUUGAGCAGGGGCUCCCUCUGGAGGCUCCUUCGGGCCCGGGCAGACCCAUGGGCACUCAGUAUCCCGCAGGAGUGUCCGUCCCAGCUCCGGUUGCGUCUCACGCCGCAUCGCGCUCUCUCAGCGCCCAGCUGAUGCACAACGAGACUCAGCUCCCAGAGCCAACCUACCUAAGACCCGUGUCUCACGCAUACAACGCCCUGGGUCCAGUCCCAAUCACCCAAUACGACGCAUGGUAUAACCCCAACGAACGACAAGCUCCCGUAGCUUCCAGUCAGGCGCUGAGUCCCAGCACCACUUCCUCUCCAAUGACUGGGUUCCACACGCCCGAGAACCUAGUAGAAGAGAGUCAGGGCUGGUGGUCUCGCGACCCGACCGCGCUGAAUAUUGGGGCGGCAAACUGGGGACCCGGAUGGGACGCGGGGAUCCCCGGUGCCUCGUACGAGAAUAAUAUUCCCACCAUGGGGCAAUCCUCGGGCUCCACCACUUCCCGCUCACUGCAAAAUGUCAGGCCGCCGGUUGUUACGUCUGGUAUGUUGCAGCCGGGGCAGACUUUGGAGCCGAAUGCGACGUAUAACAAUAACAUGCUGUUUCCUGGCAAUUUUGAACGACAAUAA